UAUCUGAACCAUUUUUCCUUUGCCAGGUCUGAACUGAAUCUGUAAGGCUGCGGCAUAAGGGUGCUUGAAGCAGAGACCGCUGCCCGUGCCCAGCCAGCAACCCCAAAGGUGCCAGGCUGACACCCAACCCCCCCGUUCCGUUCGCCUCCCUCCCUCCUCUGCUACUUGCGCCAUGGGUACCGUCUUGUCCCUUUCCCCCAGUUACCGGAAGGCGACCCUCUUUGAGGAUGGCUCGUCCACAGUGGGCCAUUACACGGCCGUGCAGAACAGCAAGAACGCCAAAGACAAGAGUCUCAAGCGUCACUCCAUCAUCUCGGUGCUGCCCUGGAAGCGGAUCGUGGCCGUGUCGGCCAAGAAGAAGAACUCCAAGAAGGUCCAGCCCAACAGCAGCUACCAGAACAACGUCACGCACCUCAACAACGAGAACCUGAAGAAGUCCCUCUCGUGUGCCAACCUCUCCACUUUCGCCCAGAACCAGGGCGCCCAGCCGCCGGCGCCCAACAACCAGAUAUCCACCUCCAAGAGCAACCUGUCCUCCGUCAAGAAGACCCCCCACCCCAACACCAACUCCACCGGCACCCCCAAGAGGGUCAUUGUCCAAGCUUCGACCAGCGAGCUGCUUCGGUGCCUGGGCGAGUUCCUCUGCCGGCGAUGCUACCGCCUGAAGCACCUAUCGCCCACCGACCCGGUCCUGUGGCUUCGGAGCGUUGACCGGUCCCUGCUCCUCCAAGGCUGGCAAGACCAAGGCUUCAUCACCCCGGCCAACGUGGUGUUCCUGUACAUGCUUUGCCGGGACGUCAUCUCUUCCGAAGUGGCCACGGACCAUGAACUCCAAGCCGUCUUGCUUACCUGCCUCUAUCUCUCCUAUUCCUACAUGGGCAACGAGAUCUCCUACCCUCUCAAGCCCUUCCUGGUGGAGAGCUGCAAGGAGGCCUUUUGGGAUCGCUGCCUGUCCAUUAUUAACCUCAUGAGUCCCAAAAUGUUGCAGAUCAACGCCGACCCGCACUAUUUCACUCAGGUCUUUGCCGACCUGAAGAACGAGAGCAGCCAGGAAGAGAAGAACAGGCUGCUCAUCGGCCUGGACCGGUGAGCUUUCAGGCUCCCUUGCCGCUGGGAUGAGGGGGGAACAUUUUUUCCUUCUUUUUAUGUUGUUUUUGUUUUCGAAACAAACCGGGACACAAAAGGUGGGCAUGGGCAAGGCUGAGAGAAGACACUUGAGCCUCCGUUCUUCAGCUUGGCUUUUUGGGAUCCAAAAAACAGACACAUUUCAGAAAGGAGAAGUGGUGACGUCGGGCCUUGCCUGUCUGGUUUUCUGUGGCUUCCUCUCGCCCUUAAUGUCAACAAGGAGGGGGCGAGCAGGUGGGGCUUGGAGCCAAGCGCAAUGCUGGCAGGACCAUGGCGUCCCUUCGCCGCUUGGCUUUUGCCUCAGAGAUCCUCAGCCGGGGAGAUCCAUCUUGUACUUCUUAAUUCCUCGCCGCGGAUUGCGGAGGUGGCGAAACAGCAUUUACUAUCCUCGAGACGAAAGCGGGAGGCAACCCAGCGCAUGUUGCAGAGCCUGGCGUUCUGGAAAAGGGAUCAAAGGACGGGAUCCGCCUCCUCUUUUUCUUUCCACCAUCUUGCGCACUCGCCUGAGCGAAAUGACACCAAAACAGUAUUGGCCUCCGGAAAGGGACCCUUAUUGCAUGGAAACACGUGGCUACACCCUAGCAGAAGUGGGGAAGGAAAAGUCAGGCAUAUUGCAGGCCCUUUGGCAUGUCUCCCCUCUCGCUGCCUUUCCCUGGGGGAGGCAGCCCCUUUGGUUUACAUCCGUGCCAAAGGGCAAAGGUGAGAUUUUGGGGGUCAUUUCCUGUGACAAUACCCAAGGGGAGGAAAAUGUCAAGGUAGCCAAUAUGGAAUGGGUGGCUGAGAUUAAAGAUGGCCCCAGGGAAUGGGCCCUCACCUAGUAUUAAUUUUGCUGGCAAGUUAUUUAGGUGGACGUUUGAUACAUUUUGAGUUUUAUUUUUUAUUGCACAGUAUAUAAACUGGCUGCUUCAGAUCAGAGUGACUAUGAUUCUGUUGAGGCCUUCUGAGCAGCUGGAAUAAUGGUCCCUUUUCAAGAUAAACCUUUCAGGAAAAUGUAAGGCUGGUGCCAGUCACUUUGUUGUCCAGAUGAUUCGGUGCUGAACCCCGAUAUACACCUGAUAUUCUUUGUUACAGAUUCCUUCCUCCCCAUCCUGAAAUGGAAAAUUCCUUGGCAUUUAUUUAAGCCAGCCAACCAUCUUAAUAUUUUAUGGGGGGGGGGGGAGGGAAUGUACCAAGCGGGGAAAGAAUGAUGACUAUGUAAUCAUAAAGAGAUCCAUAGCAAACACUACAAUUUCAGGAACAGAUUGUGACUAAAGAAGCUUGGGAAUAUAAAACUGAAGCAUAUACAGAAUAGACACACAUUUAGUAUAUUCUGAGAUUUAUAUUGCUUUUUUAGUCUCUAAAAAAAAGCAUGCUAGCUCCUAAUAUUUUUUCAGUAUCCCUUCCCCCCACAUUUCUGGCACUGAAACAUUUGAUGUAGUCCUCUAAAAAAAAAAAUUAUUCCGGUGCUUAGGAAUUUAAUUUAUUUUGCUUAGCCCUCUGGUUCUCAAAAAGGAAGAGGUUAAAAAAAUCUUUCUGAUCAGCAAGCUUCAGGGAUGGUAAAUGUAUAUAGAGAAGAGCAGGGGGUGGGGUGGGGGUGG